UUGUAAUCUUUCAGAGCAUUCUAAAGAAGAAGCAAGCUUUCAAGCAAACUGGACUCCAAGAGUCAGCUUAGCCUCAUUGCCCUCAUGGCUUAUAAUAUUAGGGAGUGCAGUGUUGUGCUGCACCAGCUCCCUGAUGCUGCAGACCAGAGAGGUUGGUAUGCUGAGCGUGAGCAGAGCGGCCAGAGCCUUCCUCCAGCCCUUGCUGCUGCUGGUGUUUGUAAACUUGAGCCUGGAGUUCCUGAGGCCACAGACUCAUCUGCAGUUCCCAAAACAUUGACCAUUUACAUCAAAGAGGAGCCUAAUGAGGACCACGUGGAGGAGUUGGUCAAGGAAGAAGCACCCGACACUCUAGAAAAUGAGCCAACUCCCCCUUCUUCGCCUUGUGUGCCGUGCAAGAAGGAGGCUCGGGCUGAGAUUCAGGAAACUCAGCCUGGUGGCUCGAGGGACUGUGACACUGAGACUAGGACACAGGAUGACUUGUUUUGCAAAGUCCAGCUAACUGCUGGUGAAGAAGAGCCCACAGCUCUGUCUUGUGGCAGCUUGAAUCAGAAAAUUCAUACCAUUGAAGGGAAUAUUUCUCAGGUGUCCAACAAAAGAGGCUUAGUUCAAGUGAAACCUCUUGAUGCGCAUGGACCUCGGAACAAUUUCCUCAAGAUAAAACGUAAAAUUUCUAAACAUAAAUUGAAAUAUUGUUGCAAAUUGUGCAGUUAUUCCACAGAUUCCAAUAAAGAUUUCAAACUGCAUUUGUUCUCUGAUCAUGCUACUGGAAAAGUGUUCAAAUGCAAUUUGUGUGCUCAUAUUACUACUGUGGAGAGUCAUUUAAAAUUACACCAGUUUUCUAAACAUGGCUUGGGAAGAGGAUUGCAGUGCAAGUCCUGUGACUAUGUGGCUGCUUGUAAGCAGGUUCUUGAAAAACAUAUUUUUUCAAAGCAUGGUUUAGGUCAAGGAUUCCAAUGCAAGCUCUGUGAUCACGUUGCUGCUUGCUAUCAGAACCUCAAAUCUCAUGAGUUAUCUAAGCAUGGCAGUGGAAAUGCAUUCCAAUGUAAAUUGUGUGAACAUGUUACUGUUACUAAAAGGUAUCUCAAAGCCCAUUUGUUUUCUAAACAUGGUUUGGGAGAAGGAUUCAAAUGCAAAUUUUGUGAGCAUGUAUUUGCUGACCAAGUGAAUUUCAAAAGGCACUUAUUUACCAAACAUGGUCAAGGCAAAGGAUUUCCAUGCACAUUUUGUGAUCAUAUCUCGGCUGACCAAGCAAGUCUCAAAAAGCACAUGUUUUCUAAACAUGGGCAGGGUAAAGGAUUUCAAUGCUCAGUUUGUGAUCAUGUCACUGCAAGCCAAGCGAGUCUCAACAAGCACAUGUUUACUAAGCAUGCUACAGGAAAUGGAUUCAAAUGUAAUUUGUGUGAACAUGUUUCUGCUACUAAACGGUACCUUGAAGAUCAUCUAUUUUCUAAACAUGGUUUAGGACAAGGGUUUCAAUGUACUUUAUGUGAUCAUGUUGCUAAAAAUAAAAUUAGCCUCAAUGCCCAUUUGUUUUCCAAACAUGGUUUGGGGAAAGGAUUCAAAUGUAACUUGUGUGAUUAUGCCUCUGUAAGAGACAAGCAUUUCGAGAUGCACAUGUUUUCUAAGCAUGGCGUGGGGAAUGGAUUCCCAUGCCAGCUGUGUGAUCAUAUUGCAUCUAGCAUGCAGUGUCUCAAAAGGCACCAGACUUCAGUUCACAAUUUUGGUUAGCAGUUUCAAUGCAGUUUGUAAAACCAUUAUACAGCAUAUGAACACAGUUUUUAAAUCCUCCUGUUUUUGAUACAUACUUUUAGUGGCCAAUGUUGGCUGUGCAAUCCUGUUGCAGCCAGCAAGCACCGAAUCAAAAUGCAGCAGAUUGCAAAGCAUGAGUUCUGUGAACAUUUGUAAUGCAAGUUGUUUAUUCCACUGAUGAUAAAUCUUCUCUUGGAACUGCAUAUCUUUUCUAAAUAUGGUAUGGGGAGAGGAUUUCAAUGCCAUUUGUGUGACUAUAAUCCUGCAAGUAAGCCAGAUCUCAGAAAGAAUUUGUUUUCCCAACUUGGUGUAAGGAAAUAAUGUAAGAUAUGUUACUAUGUAACUCACAGAAGAUCUCCACUUGAAGUGCAUGUGAUUUCAAAGCAUCGUUUAGGAACCAUGUUUCAAUGUGCAAAGCCUUGUCAUAUUAUUUCUACAUAUUUUCUCAAACUACGUUUAUUCAAUGAACCUGGUUUUGGAGAAAUAUUCAAAUGUAGUCAUUUAUGUGACUGUGUCACAGCUUGCAAACCUCAACUUUAGAUGCACCAGAUUUCUUAACAUUGUGUUUGCAGAGUUUGGAAACUAGUAAUGAGUUAGUCAUGUUGUUUCCCCAAAGUUUGCCAGUCUGACCUUACAUUCAAGCACAUAUUGCAUAUCUGGGAGACAGAAAGCUGCUGAGUCACUUAAAUCAACACUAAGUGUAGCUCACACCUGUGCUGAGCAUGUAAAUGUAGAUCAGCAAUUUGUAAUUCAUUUGAAGAUUGCGUUUAAUGUCUCUAGUUCAUUUGUGUUGCAUUGGCUUAAUAGCCUACGUUGCAUUCUGCUUCAGUAAGUGUAUCAUGUGAAUGUGACUAAGGCUCCACUCGUAUCAUUUGGUUUUGUAUGCCUUUAUUUUUCUCAAUGGAGUUGUAAUUCUCUAUUUGUUUCGCUUCAGUCUACUUCAAACUGUGUUAACCAGCUCAAUGUACUUGCUUCAACAGUUAAUUUGGUGGAACCAUUGAAUAUGAACAAUUUGUGAGUUAUUAUGCUUGUCAUGGGCUGCAAAUGUUUUUCUUCAUUGAACUGAAAUUUAUGUAAUGCUGAAAGAAUAUAGUUGUUUCAGUGUUAGUAACAAGUCUGUAAGGAUUUAGCUUAGAUUAUUUUGAAGCCGAUGUUUCGGCAAUGUCGCCUGAACUAUAGAAAGGGCUUGGUUUUCAAGUUUUCUUUAUUCGUCAUAACUUGGGCAGUCGGCCGCCUGUAUCUAGGGUAAGCGCUAAGCUUUUCUAUUGAAUAAUAGAAUAAGAAUAAUUGUGUACUUUAAGUUAAUAAUUGUAAUAGUUGCGUUAUAAUUGUCUAUUGAUUGUUAUCUUGUUUCUAGUAAAGUGUAUUUAAGCAUUUGAUUAUUUGUUGGUAUGAGAAGUCUGAAGUACUUCCUCAUCUGUCGCGCUGUUCUUGCUUCUGGACUCCUUCAAUAAAGCUACGUCUAACA